UUAAAGAAGGGACUUUGCUGUAGUUGAAUUUUUAAACAGUGCAACGCUUAAGAAAACAACCUAUUUUGCUUGGAUCUGUCGUAGACAAUCAUUAAAACCCCAUUAAUUAUUUAACCAUUAAGAACUACAAAAAAAGCUAAUAAAGCAUUAUGGAAAUCCAACAAUUGGAAAUAUUGUGCAAGCAGCUUUAUGAAGCGACAGAUGCAAACAUACGUGCUGAUGCUGAAAAGAGACUGGCGAUAUUUGUUAAUAGCAACGAUGCUUUACCAAAAUGCCAGUUGCUGUUAGAUCGAGCUGAUUCCAGUUAUGCCCAACUUCUUGCAGCUUCUACCCUCACAAAACUCAUUCAAGGUAUAACUCUCGGACAACGAAUUGAUAUUCGCAGCUAUGCCCUCAACUAUUUGGCAACCAGACUUAAUUUGCAACACUUUGUAGUACAAGCACUUGUAACACUUUUAGCAAAAAUUACAAAAUAUGGAUGGUUUGAUUCAUGUAAGGGAGAAUUCAUCUUUCAAAACAUACUUGAGGACGUAAAAAAGUUUUUACAGGGCUCGGUUGAGCAUUGUACUAUUGGCGUACAAAUUCUGUCGCAGUUGGUAACAGAAAUGAAUUCAAUUGUGGAGCUAGAUGCACACUUGUCAUUUUCUAAAAACCGUAAGAUAGCCACAUCUUACCGAGAUCACCAACUGUACGAUACGUUUCUACUCUCCUGUUCCCUUUUGAUAAAUGCUCGAGAUAAUAGCAAGAACUUAAACUUUCUGGACGAUUCGCAACAGGCGUAAGUUAAAACCAUAUUUAUAAAACAUUUACGACUA